AUACAAAGGACAUUGCAUGAAAGCCGAAGCUAAUUGGCUGAGGGCGUGUUGUUCCAUUACACUUGUACGCAUAUAUCGUCCCUCUCUGUCUCUCUCUCUCUCCGUCUCUUUUAGCUUCGCUUGAAAUUGUACAGACAUGGCUCCUAGCGAAUGGGGUUUCCUUGCUUGAGCGGGCAAUUCAAAGCUGCUGCUUUCUACUGGGAGAGGUGAGUGAGAGAACUAUAGUGACCUUUCUGAGUCCAGUUAAUCUCAGACACCUUGUUCGGACCAUUUGGGAAUAGAUGGCUACUCAAACAGUGUACUUCAAAGAACAAGAAGGGAUUGGCCACAAUCCUAUGGGGCAGUUGUCAGCUUCUUGGUGGACUACUCCCAUCACUUCUCAAUCGGUUUAUGGCGAAUCCUGUGUCCAAUUGAAGUCAUUUACCAUGGAACAUCCCAGUGGUGGAGACCAACUAAUUUCCAACAAACAAGCAGGGAGGGGUACGGAACAUGGAGCUGAUAGAGGGAAUACAACUCAGUUCAAUAUCUUUCCGGAUAAUUGCAGAAGUUCAGGGGAUGGGCAGAAGCCUCAGGCAGCCAUUUCUCUCCAAUCAUCUCUAACAGAAUAUCGAGGUCGCUUUGAGCUAGGAUUUGGUCAGCCCAUGAUCUAUGCGAAGUAUCCUUAUGCGGACCAAUGUUAUGGAGUCUUCCCAACUUGUGGACCUCCAAUUUCGGGCCGUGUUAUGCUGCCGUUGAGCACCACAACCGAUGAUGGACCUAUAUAUGUUAAUGCUAAGCAGUACCAUGGGAUUAUCAGGCGUCGGCAGUCCCGUGCGAAGGCAGUACUGGAGAAUAAAGUGGCAAGAGUUCGUAAACCAUAUAUGCAUGAAUCACGCCAUCUCCAUGCUAUGCGAAGACCACGAGGAUGUGGUGGUCGUUUCUUGAACACAAAGACUGUGAACAAAGGAAAAAGCGGAACUGAAGUGAAUAAGGCUGGCAAUGCACAACUCUCUCCUGGCACUGGUUCGCAGAGUUCUGAAGUCCUGCAGUCUGAUAGCGGUGGUACUUUAAACUCAUCAAAGGAUGCAAAUGGCAAUUGUUCAAAUUUUUCUGGGUCAGAGGUGACUAGUAUGUACUGUAGGGGAGAUCUCGAUCUCUUUCCAAUUAAUCAUCUCAUGCCACGUGGCCACUCUCUAUCAGACAUGAUAGACGGUGGGCGUGGCUUUGUUAUGCCCAGUAAGUGGGUUGCAGCAGCAGGAGAUAACUGCUGCAACCUCAAAGUCUGAUAGCAGGGGAUCAAAUGGGAUUGGACUAUUUGUGCUACUUGUACAGUUGUACCAAUCCCUACCCUUGCGGCAACCAUUGCGGUUGCUAGGCAAAUCAUUCUUGGCUCAUCGAUUCGCUCAUAUAUAGACUCUAAGUAAGCAAGUUAUUCUUGGCUCAUCUGCAUUAAGUUUGUCUUCUGCCAUUCCUUGCAGCCCUUCGGCUUAAGGUUGUUAGAGAUGCUGAAGCCUUAAUGUAGCUAGUUUAGUGUAAAUUAAUGGAGUAGGCGAGAAACAAGCCUAUUUCACUAAUUAAAUAAGAGCGUCAAAUCUGGUUAUGAGUUUUUGACAUAGGAAUAUUGAAGUGUGAUGUGGUUGAAGUUUAAUAUCUAAUAUGCCUAUCCCUGACUCUCGGAGUGAUGUACUGUACAACUUUUAUGUUUGUGUUGCUACCUUAAAACUUUAUGCUAUGAAUUAUCCAAAAACUUAGUGUUUGUAUUA